AUGUCGAAACCACUCGGUAAUAAACCGGGAGAGCCACCAUUUCAAUUGAAGGUUGAUCCUGACACGAAGUUAGUCUUCAAGUACAAGGUGAAUGAGCCAUGCACUAUCGAAUUGAAAAUCACGAAUACCACAAAAGAUCGACAAACGUUUAAGGUCAAAUGCACGGAUAAUGAUAUCUUCCGAGUUCGACCGCCGCUCUCGUUCGUAAAACCUGAUGAAACAGCAGUGGUAAAGAUUGUUUUGACAGCAAAAACUCCACCAGAAAACAAUCGCCACUUUUUCGCAGUAUAUCACAUGAAAUGUACCGAUGACACCGGCAAAACAGCUCGUCAAGUAUGGACUCCGGAUUCGAAACCUGAAGGUGUUGCACGCAUUAUUGCCGUCUUUGAGCCAGCUGAUGGAGAAAAGAAGGUAGUCCUCGUUGUCGUUCAGCAUAAAAUGCCCCCGACUGAGACAGUGGAUGUCGAUGGUGCAAGAUAG